GUUAAAUGUCAGAUUGCAAUAAACUAGAAGCUGUUGGUCGGGCCCGCGGAAAUGGGCGAGCAUAAUCUCCUUAAUCCAGGGUUUGUGGGACCUCUGGUAAACAUCCACACGGGAGACACCUUUUACUUUCCGAAUUUUAGAGCCUCAGGGGGACAGCUGGCGGGGCUACCGUCUCUCUCCUACCCGAGAAGGGACAAUGUUUGCUCCCUCCCGUGGAACCCUUCGGAGCCGUGCAAUGGAUACUCUCAAUCCUACUUUAGCAGCCCCGUGUCUAUUAACCCAUCCUUCAAUCGGUCGUGUGAGAUCACCAGACCGGAGGAGGGCAAAUGUUACUACAACAACGGGAACAGGGAGACCUGCUCAGGUGGCAACGGCGGCAGCGGCAGCCUCAAACGGGAGGACAGAGCGAGGGACGCAUCCUCCCUAACGUCUGACCACGGGAUGCACGCCGGGAUUGCGGGCGGCGUCGCCUUCUCCAAAUACGAGUACGGGACGGAGCAGCUCACGCAGGAUCCGCCGUCCUGUCAGUCGAUGGAGUCCGACUCCAGCUCUUCUCUGCUGAAUGAGGGCGGCAAGCCUCCAUCAAGCAACACACAGACCCUGGUGUCACCGGGAAGCCAUUCAGGCAGCAUAGCCGCAGGCGGAGGUGCGCCGUGGUACCCGAUGCACACUCGCACCAGAAAGAAGCGCAAACCGUAUUCCAAACUCCAGCUCGCGGAGCUCGAAGGAGAAUUCAUGCUGAACGAGUUCAUCACCCGGCAGCGGCGGAGGGAGCUCUCCGACCGGCUGAACCUCAGCGACCAACAAGUGAAGAUUUGGUUCCAGAACCGCAGGAUGAAGAAGAAGAGACUCAUGUUGAGGGAGCAAGCUUUGGCCUACUUUUAGAGAAACGCGGGAUGUAGAAAGGUGAAUCGAUAGGCAGUG